UCCGAGGAACCCACCUUCAGGGUCCCCACCUCCUUGCUCCAACUUCUCAACUCCUGGUCUUUUAGGUGUCGUUAUCCGGCCUCUGUUACGGGAAAGACGUGUGUGUGAGUAAGAGAGAGAAAGGGGUGGGUGGGGGUCCCUUGUUUUCCUGUAGGGAAUUACGAUGGUUGGCCCCCAGAUCCCACGAAUAGUCUUUGUAGUCCCCUGCAGAUUCUCCUCCUCCCACAUCAACCUCUGGUAAAACCCCUCACAUAAGAGGAAUUAUAAAUGCGCGAGAGAAGACCCGAGAAACUGAAGGAAGUAAAAGGUCCUACGCUGCCUAAAAAGAGGCGAAAAAGAGGAGUUCCUCCGAGAGAAGAGUAAUAUUCUCAACUUAUUUCUCUCUCCUUUUUUUUUUUAAGUAACGUUAUCCUGACCUAAAGUGAGUUUUCUACACCAUGCACUGUUGAUUGCCGGCACUGAAACUAGUUGGCCUUUUUGCACAUGUUUCUCCGUUCUUGAUUUUUGAAAAACCUGUGGAUCAGGAUUAAAUAGGAAGGGUGCUGGGAAGGGUCCAUUUGUCUGCUCCGAAGAACUUGACUAGUUGCUGCUCCUUUUGGACCAUCUCUUUUUCUCUGCAAGAGUGUUUAUCUCCUCCUGUGAGUCUCUAUGCUGCGGAUUAUUUAAUGAAUGGACAAUGUAGUCAAGCUGGAUGGCUGCUCUACCACUUGAAAUGUUUUUGGAAAUUACCAUGCAAAGUUACUGAAAAGAGCUGAUAUUGCUGGAAAACGUUGGCCUCUGGCAAAACCAUUUAUUUCAUCAACAAGAUGAUGUGCGAGGUGAUGCCAACCAUCAGUGAGGCAGAGAUUCCCUCAGGGGGAAGUGGAAGCCAUGGCUCAGGUUCUCCCCUACAGUCGGAUGCGGAUUCCCAUUUCGAGCAAUUAAUGGUAUCCAUGUUGGAGGAACGAGAUCGCCUCCUGGACACACUGCGAGAGACUCAAGAGACACUAGCAUUAACCCAGGGUAAAUUGCAUGAAGUUGGUCAUGAAAGGGAUUCUCUACAACGACAGCUGAAUACUGCUCUUCCCCAGGAAUUUGCAGCACUUACUAAAGAGCUUAAUGUAUGCAGAGAACAGCUCCUUGAAAGGGAAGAAGAAAUUGCAGAACUGAAAGCAGAACGAAACAAUACAAGGUUGCUGUUAGAACAUCUGGAAUGCCUUGUCUCCCGGCAUGAGCGGUCUCUUAGAAUGACUGUAGUAAAGAGACAAGCCCAGUCUCCAGCAGGAGUUUCUAGUGAAGUUGAAGUUCUCAAAGCACUAAAGUCUCUAUUUGAACAUCAUAAAGCCCUUGAUGAAAAGGUAAGGGAAAGGUUACGAGUAGCACUUGAAAGAUGCAGCUUGUUGGAAGAAGAACUGGGUACUACACACAAGGAGUUAAUGAUUUUGAAAGAACAGAACAAUCAGAAAAGAACGCAAGCUGAUGGGAUGCCUGAUAUUAAUCAUGAUCUGGAGAAUACACCUAGCACUAAUGGGAAGAGAUCUUCCAACGGCUCUCUGAGUCAUGAUGAAGACCUUGCUAAAGUAAUAGAACUUCAAGACACCAUAGAGAAGCAAACUAAGGAGCAGACUCAAAUGAAAGAACGGAUCACGGCCCUUUCUAACAGAGUAGCAGAACUGGAAGAGGAUCUUGACACUGCUAGAAAAGAUCUAAUCAAAUCUGAAGAAAUGAAUACAAAGUUGCAAAGAGAUGUACGAGAGGCAAUGGCUCAAAAGGAAGAUAUGGAAGAGCGAAUCACAACCCUUGAAAAACGCUACCUCGCUGCACAACGUGAAGCUACAUCUGUGCAUGACCUCAAUGAUAAACUUGAAAAUGAAAUUGCUAAUAAAGAUUCAUUACAUCGACAGAGUGAAGACAAAAAUAGGCAGUUACAAGAGCGAUUGGAACUAGCUGAGCAAAAAUUGCAGCAGACUCUGAGAAAAGCUGAGACUCUGCCAGAGGUGGAGGCUGAACUGGCUCAGAGAGUUGCAGCACUUACUAAGGCUGAAGAAAGACAUGGUAACAUUGAAGAACGAUUGAGGCAAAUGGAAGCACAGUUGGAGGAGAAAAAUCAGGAAUUGCUAAGGGCUCGCCAAAGAGAGAAAAUGAAUGAAGAGCAUAAUAAACGUUUAUCUGAUACUGUUGAUAAACUUUUGUCUGAAUCCAAUGAGAGACUUCAACUUCACCUUAAAGAAAGAAUGGCAGCUCUGGAAGAUAAAAAUGCUCUUCUUCGUGAAAUUGAAAUUGCUAAGAAACAAGUCGAUGAGCUUCAAAAUGAAAAGGAUCAGCUGGUGCUAAACAUUGAAACAAUGAGAACUGAAAAUGACCAGAUGAGGAUCAGAGGCCCUUCCCUUCAACACAGUCGGCCACAUUUGGGUAGCGUUCCGGAUUUUAGAUACCCACUGGCACCUUCAGCUAUAGCUGACAAUCAAAUAGAUUCUUAUAGCACCUCAGUUUUAAGGCGUCCACAAAAAGGACGUUUGGCAGCUUUGCGAGAUGAACCUUCAAAGGUUCAGACUCUUAAUGAGCAAGACUGGGAGCGUGCACAACAAGCAAGUGUGUUGGCAAAUGUUGCACAAGCUUUUGAGAGUGAUGCUGAUAUCUCGGAUGGUGAGGAUGACAGAGAAACUAUAUUCAGCUCAGUUGAUCUCUUGUCACCUAGUGGUCAGGCAGAUGCCCAGACUUUAGCCAUGAUGCUUCAGGAACAGUUGGAUGCUAUUAACAAAGAAAUUAGAUUGAUACAAGAAGAAAAGGAAAACACUGAGCAACGAGCAGAGGAAAUUGAAAGCCGUGUUGGUAGCGGAAGCUUAGACAAUCUUGGUCGAUUUCGGUCAAUGAGCUCUAUUCCUCCUCCCUUUCCUGGUGGCUCCCUUUCUGGUUCUUCUCCACCUGGCAGUGGCCGCUCUACGCCACGACGAAUGCCACAUAGUCCUGCUCGAGAAGUGGACAGACUAGGCGUCAUGACACUACCUAGUGAUUUAAGGAAACACCAUAGAAAGUCUCCAGUUUCUAGAGAAGAGGUUAGAGAUGACAAGACCACAAUAAAAUGUGAGACAUCACCACCCUCUUCACCUCGAUCUUUGCAUUUGGAUAGAGCCUAUAAAGGAGCCUUGCAUACAGUGAGCCAUGAAGAUAUAAGAGAUCUCAGAAAUUCCACAGGUUCUCAAGAUGGACAAGUAAGCAAUCCCAGCAGCAGUAAUAGUAGCCAAGAUUCCCUUCAUAAGGCCCCUAAAAAGAAGGGAAUCAAAUCCUCAAUAGGUCGCCUGUUUGGUAAGAAAGAAAAGGGUCGACCUGGACAGAUCAACAAAGACAGCUUGGGACAAGUUAGUGUAAUAGAAGCAGACAGUUCAACUCAGGAUGGCUUGGGACUUGGAAAACUGGGAGGACAAGCAGAAAAGAAUAGAAAACUACAAAAAAAGCAUGAACUGCUUGAGGAAGCCCGGAGGCAAGGCCUACCCUUUGCACAAUGGGAUGGGCCCACUGUGGUUGUCUGGUUAGAGUUGUGGGUUGGGAUGCCAGCCUGGUACGUAGCUGCUUGCCGUGCAAAUGUGAAAAGUGGUGCUAUAAUGUCAGCCUUAUCGGAUACUGAAAUACAGCGUGAAAUUGGCAUCAGUAAUCCUCUACAUAGGUUAAAGCUGAGACUUGCCAUUCAAGAGAUUAUGUCUUUAACAAGUCCAUCUGCUCCUCCUACAUCCAGAACGACCACAGGAAAUGUCUGGGUAACACAUGAAGAAAUGGAAAAUCUUACAUCUACACCACAAACGGAAGAUGAGGAAGGAAGCUGGGCUCAGACUUUAGCCUACGGUGAUAUGAACCAUGAGUGGAUUGGCAAUGAGUGGCUUCCCAGUUUGGGGCUCCCUCAGUAUCGCAGUUAUUUUAUGGAAUGUCUUGUUGAUGCUAGAAUGCUGGACCAUUUAACUAAAAAAGAUCUUCGUGGUCAACUUAAAAUGGUUGACAGUUUUCACAGAAAUAGCUUCCAGUGUGGGAUUAUGUGUCUGCGAAGAUUAAAUUAUGACCGAAAAGAACUUGAAAGAAGAAGAGAAGAAAGUUUGAAUGAGAUUAAAGAUGUCCUUGUCUGGAGCAAUGACAGAAUGAUGCACUGGGUGGUGUCAAUUGGUCUUAAAGAAUAUGCAAAUAACCUCAUAGAAAGUGGAGUUCAUGGUGCGCUUGUGGCCUUAGAUGAAACUUUUGAUCACAAUGCAUUAGCCCUUUCCUUACAAAUACCCACUCAGAAUACACAGGCUCGUGCUGUGUUGGAGAGGGAAUUCAAUAACCUUCUUGGGAUGGGCACAGACAGGAGGUUUGAUGAAGAUGAUGAUAAAAGCUUUAGACGAGCACCUUCAUGGAGAAAGAAGUUUAGACCAAAGGACAUAAGAGGUUUAGCUGCUGGAUCGGCAGAGACUCUCCCUGCAAACUUCAGAGUUACCACCUCAAUGUCUUCACCUUCUAUGCAGCCAAAGAAGAUGCAAAUUGAUGGCAAUGUAUCAGCAACACAAAGAUUGGAUUCUGCUACAGUAAGGACUUAUUCAUGUUAAAGCCUUUCAUUGUUUAUCCCCACUAUUUCUACAGAUGAUCUGAAAAGUUUUGAACUCAAAGACCAUAUUUUGGAAACAACUGAAAUCUUUAAUCUGUUAAUACUUGUUAAAUCAACACUUUGAAAUAUUUUAUUACAGAGUUUUUAAUUAGCAGAUGAAUUUGUGAGUACUAUAGAGAAAGUAUUUUAGAAUUAAAUGUUCUUAUAUUUAUGUAAGUGUAUGUGAGUCCCAUUACUUAACUUUCUGUUAGUCUCUAAAUCAAAUUAUUGCUGGUUUGUUAAUUUUAGUUUUUUUCAUCUGAAUGUACUGUAAUGCUUGUAUGUUUCUGCCCCUAUAAGCAAUAUAGGGUUUUUGUAAAUUAUGCAGUUAUUGUAAUUAUCAGUUAAUGGUUUUUAAUAAAGUGAAGGUGAAAAGGAUUUUGCUAUCUUUGUAAAGGUAUCAUGACACCAAGCAGUAUAUAUAUAUUGCCAUUGGAAAAAUGCUAGCUCUAAAAUAUAAAUAAAUUCCAUUUUUUUUCAGAGAAGCAUACGUUUAUUAAUAAAACAGGUAUGGUACCUGCUUCUAUUUCCGUUCAUAACUGUACCUUUUCCACAUAGCAUAUGAUUUUAGUGUGGAUUUAUUUAUGUCUUUUGUUCAAUAUAACUUGCAUUACAUUCUAAAAUGUGGGAAUUAUUAGGACACUAUGAAAUGUGCGAGGCCUGGUGAGGUCAUUUAUAACUUUUAUUUGUGUGGCUGUAUUUGUACAGUCUGUGUUCAUUGACUGAGCAUAAGCCAUAAGUGGAAAUAUUUUCUGUUAACCCAGAAUAGCUCCUAAUAAUACCCAAUGGGCAACCAAGAGUGUUCUUCUGUAUUUUGAUGUGAAAAUGUUUGCAGAAAGAUACUGAUGCAAUUCUUCUAAGUGGACCAAUCAUGAUGCACUUCAGUCUCAUGGCAAAGAUGCUGAUGGCACAAUAAGCUGAAGCAUGUAAUAGUGCAACUAUUGAAAAAAAGGCCUUACUUUUCUUACGUCAUCUUUUGCAUAUAUUUAUAAACAUAUUUUAAAUUCUGGACAAACUUUUAGUUGUUAAUAGUUUUAGCCAUUUCAAACACUUUUAAGUUCAAAAUGCAUCAUUCACUUUUUUUAAAGCAUCUUAGGAAGCCAGCAAAGAGGACGUUCAGAUCAUGGUGCAUUAUUUAUUAUGCAAUAAUAUAUACAGCAUGUCUUUUUCUGUUUUUAGUUUUGGCUCUUUUUAAUUGUACAACUGAAAUUCAUUGUUACUGUUUUUUUCUAUUAACCUUGUAUGUAUACUUCUGACUAUGUAACAAAUUAUGUACAGUCUAAGUACUUUGAACUAUUUUUAUCACAGUAUUAUUUAUUGCUUUCUUUCAAUAAAGUACUGAAGCAUUUUUUCCACUGCCAAUAAAAUGCUAUUCUCUUGUGA